AACAGUAUAUAAAGUGAAGGAGUGUUCCAUUAUCAUCUCAACGUAAAGAACUUGUUCCUGGAACACAUGUGUGUUUUGUUUAACAAGAGGUGGAAUCAUGAGUCAAAAUAAAAAUCGUAUCAAACUAAAUGAAGUAAGUGACAAGUUCACAGAAAAAACACUAAUGGACAUCCUCUGUAAAGCAAACAAUGGGAAACAAGUGCAGCUUACAGAUUGGAGUUUUGGCGAUGGGUUUACCAAAGGUGACAAUUACUUGUCGACUGUUAACAAAGGCACAAUAUACGGUGUCGUGGACGGUGAUCCGAAGCAAACUGUGCAAGUGAACUUUGUUGUCAAAUCCAUCCCAAAGAACGUCGGCAGAAGAAAAACUUUCAAAAGUGCGGAAUUCUUCCGCCACGAAAUUGCGUUUUAUACGCAAGUAGUUCCCAAAUUUGAGAAGUUUUUGGCUGAAAGAGGACAAAGCGAUUUGCUGCGCAUACCACGUCACCUGGUUUCUUACAUGGAUGGCGAGAACGAUUUCAUUGUCUUGGAAGAUGUCUCUCCCUUGGGAUAUGGACCAGUAUCUCGCCAGAACUGUAUAAACUUUGCAGAGUGCACUAUGAUUCUGAAAACAUUGGCAAACUUUCAUUCAAUCUCAUUUGCGUAUAAAGAUCAGAAGAAAGAAGAGUUUCAACAGAUUGCAGAUUGUAUGGAAGAAAUCUAUUAUUUUCCUAGUAACUGGAGCUGGCAUGAAAAGUUGUAUACAAAUCUAGUCAACAUAGCUAGAAAUGCACUAGCAACUGAAUAUCUUAACAGCGAAGCUGACAAACGAUUCAAUACUUACGAACCUCGUGCGAUUUUUGAUAUAAUGUGUAAAUUGUGUCAGAAAAAAGAAGCUCCCACGUCUGUGAUAUCGGCAGGCGAUUGUUGGGCUCCAAACUUUUUGAUCCGAGACAUCGGACAGGGCAAAAAGGAAGCGUUGAUGCUCGACUUUCAGCUCUCGCGUUGUUCAAGUCCUAUGUUGGACCUGUCCUUCUUGAUUUACUCGUGCACCUCCAAACCAUUUCGUGAUCAGUAUUACGACGAUGUAUUGAAAAUCUAUCACACUGAAUUAAGCAGUGCCAUUAAAUCCCUUGGAUCGGAUCCGGAGAAAAUGUAUCCUUGGGACUUAUUUAUGAAAGAGGUGAAAGAUCAUUUUGUUUUCGGAUUGGGAUUCUCGCUCGGGACCGUUUCCUUUUGUCUAUUGGAUCCGUCCGAGUCGUUCGAUCUAGAUCUUAUUAAAGGCGAAGAAGCGGUAAAUAUCGCUGACGUGUGGGUAUUACACAAUAUCAAAACAUCAAGUGGAAGACAGAGACUAGCAGAUAUAAUAGUUCAUGGUGUCGAAAAUGGAUACAUGUAACGAUGUAUGUUAAUCUAUGAUCAAUCAUAAUUUGUAAACAGCUUUAUGAAGAAUUAUAUAUGUUUAUACAGAUCUCUUUUAAAUCGGCGUAGUAACUUUUGUACCAAAAGAUUUAUGUGAAUUAUUGGUAACGUCAAUUUACAUUUUCAUUAUUCUUUACGUGUGUAUUAUAUACUUUAUCAUCCUUUUCUCUUCUCAAACUGGACACUUGUUUCGUUUCCAGCAGUAUCAGAACAGAUCACUUUUUGUGAAACCUUUUGUCACAGCUACGUGCACUUAUUAGGAGUUCAUUCUAGACACUUGGCUACACAAAUCCACGUCUUCCUUAAGUAUCUGCUAGGUAGAACGAAGACAAGAAUAACAAGAUAAAAAAGUGAAAA